AUGGCAUCAGCUAGUCUGUGUGAUCCUUGCUCUGAAGCUGAUAAGUCAUUAACUGCAACAAAGUAUUGCUCUGACUGUGAAGAACAACUUUGUAGAGACUGUGGGGUAUCACAUUGCCGAUCCAAAGCCUUCAAAUCUCACCAUGCUAUCGACCUGUCGGCCAUCGGAUCCAAUAUCCUUAUAUCUGCGAAGAAAAGGUGCAAUGACCAUUCAGAAAUGAUAUUGGAUUAUUACUGCACAGAUCAUGAGAUCGUAUGUUGUAGAGCCUGCAUAUCUAAUGAACACAGGGUUUGUCAGAACGUACUCCCGUUGGAACUUGCCUCGAAUGAUGUUAGAAAGUCUGCACUGUUUAACGAUGUUAUGGAAGACAUAACUCAUCUUAUCACAACAUUGAAUGCUUUAGAAAAUAACAGACAGUCAAAAUUACAAUCAAUGGAGGAAUCUAAAUCAGCAAUUACUAAGAAGAUCCGUGCAGUGAAAUCCAAGUUUUUGAAACAAAUUGACGAUUUGGAGCGUGAAUUAACGACCAGUUUCUCGUCUCUACAACGAAAACAUGAAAUGGAAAUCAACAAACAAAAGCAAGAAAUAUCACAAGUCUUGGUCGAUGUAGAGGAAAACAAAAACAAAAAGGAUUUUUUCAGAGAUCAUGGAUCAAAGAAUCAGCUUUUUGUAUUCUUGCGACAACAAGUAUCAUAUAUUGAUAGCACCGAAGCUAGGAUUCAACAGAUGAUAUCCAAUUCACAAGAAAUCAAUAUUAUCUUUGAUGAAAAGAAAGACGUCAAGCUUGAAUCUUUUGGGUCCCUGAUAGAGUAUGUCCAACCUUGUCUAGUUCAAUACAAACCACGGAAAUGUCACCAUGCCCAGAUAAAUGCAGAACAAAUGAAAUACAUUAUUUGGUUUGAGAAGGAUACAGGGUUAAAACUUGAAAUAGGGGAAACAUAUGCUCUUCGAGAUGUAAAAGUCACAAACGAUAAUACGCUACUUCUAACCAAUACAUCAUCAUCCUAUCCCAAACUCUAUGUUUACAGAGACUGUUAA